AUGCAAAUCAGCGAAAUUAAAAGGUACAUAAGAACAAAAGUCAUAACGAGUUUAAAUAAAUAUAAAAGCUAUAAUAUAAAAAAUGAAAAGACGUCAAAAUACUGGCCCAAUAUAAAUUGUAUUAAUAAGGAGGAGGAAAAUAUAGAAAAGAAAAAUGGAGAAAAAGGGAAUGACAAAAAUAAAAAAACAAUACCUUACUAUAAGAAUUAUAUGCAUGAUUUUUAUAAUAGGCAAUUAAUGCAUAAUCUGCAUUUAGUAGAAAUGAAUAAAAUGAAUAAAUUGCGAAAUUUUAAAAUGCCUAAAAUACAUACAGGAGAUUUAAUCGAAAUAAAAUAUGAAUUAUCAAGGUCUCAACAAACUUUUGCAAUUUUUCAAGGGUACUGUGUUGAUAUUCGUCGAAAACGGUUGGAUUCCUCAUUUAUUGUGAAAAAUAUAUUUGAUGGUGUGGGAGUAGAACAGCUAAUACCAUUUUAUUCCCCAAGAAUUUUAUAUGUAAAAAAUGUAAAAAGUUUAUAUAAUAUAAAUGAAGAGAAACUUAAAUCAUAUUAUAAAAUAAAUAAACCAAUAACAAGAGAUUAUAGAUAUAUGUGGCAAUAUAAUGUGAGAGGAAAAUAUGAAAGGCCUCGGGGUCAACAUAAACCAGGUAUUAGAUCUAUCGAGCCAAAAAUUCGAAGACGACUAGCUAAAUUAAAAAAAAAAUAUAUGAAAAGAAGAAUAGAAAGUAAUUUAUCUUCUUAUAUAUAUGGUGGUGUAUAUGCACAAUAUACAAGAAAAAGGACACGAUUAGUUCGUGCAGAAAUUUAUCGAAGAAUGCUUAUAUAUGCAUUAGAUGAAGAAAAUCGAAGAAAACAAAAAUUAAAUAAAAGACGAGAAAAAGAACAUUGGAAUAAUUUUAAAAUUAAUAGAAAUAAGGGAGACAAUGCUUUUAUGUCUUUACCCUCUAACCAUCCUCUUGCAAGUAUCUCAUAA